UGGGGGGUCCGUGUCCUGUGCGGCUUCUCCGGGCAAAAUGGCUGCCGGGGCUAGCCGGGUGUGCUGGCGCGGGCUGCUCGGGGCCGCGACGCUGGCCAGGGGGACAGGGCGACCUUCGGUGCGGUUGCUGCCGGUGAGGAAGCUGGGCGCCGCGGCCGACACGCGCCCCACUGUCAGACCUCGGAAUGAUGUGGCUCACAAGCAGCUGUCAGCUUUUGGGGAGUAUGUGGCUGAAAUCCUGCCCAAAUACGUCCAGCAUGUUCAGGUGUCCUGCUUCAAUGAGUUAGAGAUCUGCAUUCAUCCCGACGGUGUCAUCCCAGUGCUGACCUUCCUCAGGGACCACACCAAUGCGCAGUUCAAGUCCUUGGCUGACCUGACGGCAGUGGACGUCCCAACCCGGCAGAACCGUUUUGAGGUUGUCUACAACCUGCUGUCCCUGCGCUUCAACUCCCGGAUCCGGGUGAAGACCUACACAGAUGAGCUGACGCCUGUGGAGUCUAUUGUCCCUGUGCACAAGGCCGCCAACUGGUACGAGAGGGAGAUCUGGGACAUGUUUGGAGUCUUCUUUGCCAACCACCCUGAUCUCAGGAGGAUCCUGACAGAUUACGGCUUUGAAGGACACCCCUUCCGGAAAGAUUUCCCCCUGUCUGGUUACGUGGAGUUGCGCUAUGACGAUGAGGUGAAGCGGGUGGUGGCAGAGCCUGUGGAGUUGGCCCAAGAGUUCCGCAAGUUCGACCUCAACAGCCCCUGGGAGGCUUUCCCAGCCUAUCGCCAGCCCCCAGAGAGUCUCAAGCUUGAAGCCGGGGACAAGAAGCCAGAAGCCAAGUAGCUCCCGGCAUGGCCUGGGCCUCCCCUGAUGCCCCUCAUCCACAACUGAGUGUCCUUGUAAAUAAAGUCCUUAGACUCA